UGUGGUCGUGAUGAAUCAACCUGUAGUACUGGGGAAUGUAUACCUAGAGACUAUAUCUGUGAUGGUGAACAAGAUUGUGUUGAUGGUUCUGAUGAACAAUGUGCUGAACCUUUACCAUGUGAACCUAAUGAGUUCCGAUGUACUAAUGGUAGAUGUGCUAUGAAGAUUUGGAGAUGUGAUGGUGACAAUGAUUGUGGUGAUGGUUCUGAUGAA